AUGGCUGCGACCAGCGUGCUCCACUGGUCGAGUUUCAUCAUCCUGCGUUGGAAACACCGCUGCGCUUCGAGCAGUGCCACGUCUAGUGACUUCGUGCAGGGCACCUCUUCGGUUCUGUGGCCGGCCGCCACGCGCCUGGCGGAGCACUUCUGCGGCGCCGGCAGGGCGCCCGGGGGCGGCGCCUGGACGACGCUGCGCGGCCUGGAGGUGGGCGCCGGGCUGGGGCUGACGGGCGCUGCACUGGCGGCGCUGGGAGUGGCCAUGGUGCUGACGGACUGCGAGGUGGCCAUGCCCUUGCUGAGAAGAAAUCAGGAGCUGUUGGCAGAGUCCUCGGUGGAGUUGCAGGUGUGCAGACUUGACUGGGGAUCCAAAGUGGAUGAGGAGGCACUUCUGGCAGAGUUUGGGCAGUUCGACCUGAUUGUUGGAAGCGACAUUAUCCUCUCCUCCUUUGAUCUGGACAAGCUUUUCAGCAGCUGCUACGCUUUGCUGGCACGGUCAGCAGAGGCCCGAUUGAUUUUGGCCUUUGAGUUUCGAGAAGAUUGGCAAGCCAUUAGCGACUUCAUUGGUUGGGCGGAAGCAGCCAACAUGGAGGUGCAACAUGAGGAACUGGGAGAUCCAGAUGAUGAGAUUUACCUCUACACCUUCCGUUGGAAAGAUGUCAAGGAGGUGGUGCUGGAAAACUUUAAGUCUUAUGAAGGGCAGGUGCGCGUGGGGCCUUUCAAAAAAUUCACCUGUGUGGUGGGUCCCAAUGGAGCUGGGAAGUCGAACCUAAUGGACGCCAUCAGCUUCGUCUUGGGUGUGCGCACGCGACACCUGCGCAGUGACCGACUGCAGGAGCUGGUGCAUCGCCAUGAGCAGGAAGCCGUGAGCGAUGUCAGCGGCAAGCGCUCUUCUGUGGAGCUGGUUUAUGUUGAUGAGUCAGGAGAUCGCCCCAGAGAGAAGACCUUCAGACGUGUCAUCCAGCCAGCUGCGGAGGCACGUUUUCAGAUCGAUGGGGAGCCAGUGUCGCAAGAAGUUUAUCUUAGUAGCCUGGAGGAGAUCAACAUCUUGUCCAAGGCACGUAAUUUUUUAGUCUUCCAAGGGGAUGUGGAGGCUGCAGCUCAGCGCCAGGGGAAGGAGCUGACCACCUUUCUGGAACAGGUUUCAGGCUCCAUCGCUUUUCGAGCGGAGUAUGAGAAGCUGGCUGCGGACAAGGCCCAGCGAGAGGAUGUGGCACGGGAUCUCUACACCAGGAAGAGAAAUGCCCUCAGCGAAAAAAAGAGAAUGUCCCAGCAGAAGGAGGAGGCUGAGAGGUAUCGUAACAUCGACACAGAAAGGAAGCAGCUGCAGGCAGAGUUCGUGCUCUUUCGGGUCUGCUGUGCUGAGACCAAGGUUCAGGAGAUUGCUGCGAACAUCCAGAAUCUGAGAGCAGAGGUGGAUGAAGCCCAGGUGCAUCGGAAGGAGGCGGAGCAACAGGUGGUGGAGGCUGAACAGCAGCGGGCCCAGGUGCAGCUGGCGGUCAGCAACGCGGAAAAGGGCCUCCAAAGCACCAAGGGCCACUUGCAACAACUGAGUCCUGAUCAGCUUCAGGCGCGCAGUGAGCUUCAAGCCCUGCAACGGCGGCAGCAGGAGGCCAGCCAUCACAAAGAGUUGGAUGCUGAACGAGAGAGGCAGCUGACGCAAGAGGCUGAUGAGCUGAAGUUGCGCGUGAAGCAGUUGGAGGAGGAGCUACAGACCUUGAGGGCCCAGAGACCCGAGAUGCCAUUUUCUGAUCAGCAGUGGCAGCAGUUUCGAAAGGCACAGGAAGAGGCCGAGCGCCUCACCAGUGGCCAGAGCCAGGAGGUGAAGGAUCUGGAACAACGCCUCAAGGCCAAACGAAAGCAGAGGGCCAUGGCGGAGAUGGAUCGCAGAGAGGCUGAUCUUCGCGUUCGACACCUGAAGCAGAAGGUGGACGGCCUGCACCCCUCUGUCGAGCUGAAGCGAGAGGCGCGCGCCAGCCGUCAAAGUGAGUUGGAUGUCCUUGCGGCGGAGUUGCAGGGCAUGGCGGAGGGUCAUCAGAGCCGAAGUAGUGCCAGAAAAAAGCUUGAAGACGAACGAAAGCUCAUCAUGGAGGAGAUCCAGCAUAUCACAGCCACUGAGCAGCAGAUCGAGAGGGAACGCAGGCUGACGCAGGUCUGCCAAGACCUUGCCCAAGUGAUCCCGGGCGUUUCUGGUCGAGUGGUGAACCUCUGCCAGCCUGUGCAGAAGAAAUACCGCGUGGCCGUGAACGUGGCGUUGGGAAAUUAUAUGGAUGCGGUGGUCACCGACAGCAUCCAACAUGCGCGGCAAUGUGUGCAACACCUGAAGGAGCGCAUGAUGGAGCCAUUGACCUUCCUCCCCAUGGAUAAUCUCAGAGCCGCGCCCGUGGAUCAGCUGAAGGAGACGCUCCGUGGCCACAAAUCCCUGCGACCCGCGUUGAGCUGUAUCUCCCACGAGCCGCACUUGAACCGGGCCUUUCAGUUCAUGCUGUCGGAUGUGGUUGUGGCAGAUUCGCUGGAAGAUGGACGUCGCUUUGUCUUUGAACACCUUAAGGAUGCCGGCAUCAAGUGCAGGGUGGUGACGCUGAAUGGCGAAACCAUCUCCUGGGAUGGCAACCUGGCGGUGAGCUCGGAGGCACGGCAGGGCAGCACGCGCUUCGACUUUUCGGAACUGGAGACGAUGAAGGGACGCCUGGAGGCCAUUGACAGCGAAUUGAUGGACAUGCGCUCCAAGCAUUCUCGCGAAAAUGCUGCCUAUGCAGCAGUGGAGGAUGCAAAGAAACAAGCAGAGCUUGUUGUGAGGGAUGCAGAGCGGGAGUUUCAACGUGCAGAGGCGGAGCUGCAAAGUCGUCAGAAGGAGCUAAGUGCAGCAGAACAGCAGCUAUCAGAGGUGGCAACAGAGGAUCCUAAGGAGGAGGAAACGUUGCAGGCUGAGCUCAAGGACUUGGAACAGCGCAUAGGCGUUGCCACUGCCAACCUCUUCCGUGCUCUAGAUACGCAGCUGGGCGCUGAUGUGCGUGGCAUGGAGCGCGAGCUGCGACGGAAGCGGGAGGCCCUGCAGUUCCAGGAAGAUGCGGUGCUACGGCAGCAGGCCGCCUUCAAGGCCGAGCUAGCGAUGCUGGAACUCACCCUGGAGGAAUGCCGCAGCCGAUCUCGUGGUACCAUGGAAGACGAGGCCACCGUGCAGGCUCUGCAGCAACGGCAUCAGGAGCUGGACCAGCAACUGGCCGCUUUGAAGGAGCAGGUCGACAGCGAGGUGGAGGCUUUGCAGAAACAGGGGGAGCUUCUGAAGUCUCAGGAGCAGGCAGUGGCCGCCGCACGACGGGACCUGAAGGAGAAGCAGCGCGAAGCUGCCGAGGGCGAACGGCGCCUGUCCAUGCUGGGGAGCGAACUCAAGGAAGCUCGCGAGGCUCGCUUGCAGCUGUUGUGCCAGAGCCUGUUGGAGGACGUUGAUUUGCCAUUCCUGGGCUCCAAGAAGGACUGCAAGGCGGCCCUGCGGCGAGUGGUCUCGGCUGGCUCAGAGUCCAGCGGACAUGAGCUCAGCAUCGACGUCCAGUUGGACUACCAGCAGCUGCCCGAGGAGCGGCGUGCAGCAGCUGGCUCAGGCCCUGCGAGCAAGUUGUUGGAGGACGAAUAUCGCAAUGAGCUUCGACGUUUGGGAGGACAGUUGGAGCAGGUGCAGCCGAAUCUCAAGGCCAUCGACCAACUGGAGGAGGCGGACCAAGAAGCCAUGGCAGCGGAGCGCGAGGUGCAGAAAGCCAAGAAGAAGAUGGAGGCCGUCGAGCGGAGCUUUGAAGAGCUUCGUUGCCAACGACGAGAGAAGUUUAUGCAGUGCUUCCACCAGGUUCAAGAAGAGAUCCAAGAGGUCUACCGGAGGUGGGCCGCCCCGGCAACAUCGGAGGAGCUCCAGGCGGAAAAUGAAAAACUCAAAGAGAAACUUCAGGAGAAAGUAUGGACCAUGGCUCUAGCCACGGUCAGUGAGAUGGAGAAGAUCUCAGAGGGUGCAAGCCACACAGAGAAGGUCACCUUGCCCAACAGAAUCGCUGCGUUGGAGCGCGCGGUCUUCGGGCAGUCGGCCAGCUCCGACGACUUGGAACGCAUGGUGGCGCUGGAAACGGACUACAAGCAGCUGCAAGAGGACUACAUGGUGCUGUCAAAUGAGUACGAGAAACUGCAGAAUCGGCCGCCUGUGGUGAUCGAAAAGGAAGACAAACGUGCUGACUUCCUUGAGGAGCAGCUGGGCAGAAUGCAGGAGCAAUAUCAGGCCAUGCAGGUGAAACUGAACAAGAUGCGCGUGGAUCAUCUGGAACUGCAAUCGGCCAACAAGGAGCUGACGGAGAAGUUUGACCAAGUGAAGAUCGAAGCGGAGAAAGCGGAGAAACAACUCACGAAUCAGCUGAGAGCGUUGCGUGAGAAGCACACAAGGGUGGCUCAGGAGCUGCAAGAGCUGCGCUCGGCGCAGCACGAGGCAAAGAAACAGCUGGAGCAGCUGCGAGAGGAGAAACUGAAACUCCUCAGAGAGUUGCAAGAACAGCAGGAGCAGUCCCAGCACAUGGAACAGCUGCGAAGCGAUUACGAAUCGCUGUUGGGCAGCUUUCACUGUCUUCAGGAAGACCAUGAGCAACUCGUUGAGAAGAGCAAUCGCUUUCGCAAUAGCCUCUCGGAUGCGUGGAAUGAGUCCAACCAGGUGAACAGCCCGACGGCUGGAGCGCUCUUACCACCUCUGACCCCGAAUUCGCGUUGCCCUACUCCGCAGACGCCGACCGCAGAGAAGUUCGAUCAAAAGAUAGGAUUGGAGGAAUUUUCCAAGGAGGUGCGCUUCCCCGCCUCGCUGCUGGAGCCCCACGGCCCCCUUUCCGUGACGCAGCUGAAAACUCGACUGAUGGAGAUCCGAGGACGGGUUCUCUACUGCAACGACGAGUUUCAAGAAAAGCGAGAGCCGCGACGGAACCCCGUCUCCGUCUACAACGUGGACGAGCUGUCGUAA